GUUCUUUGUCGCCAAUACUGCUGCCUUUGUCAGGUUGUUCAACCACUGCAAUGCUGGAUCUGAGUGCCCUGCGAGCUGCCGCAUUACAGACUCGUAGAACUACAUCCGACAAUGGUUAUAGAGACGAUCAAGAGGAGGGCGAGAUUUUCGAUCCCACAAGUCUUGGUAGCCAUGACCAUCAUAAUCACAACACACAUGAUAUGUCGAAUAGGAUAACCCAAGAAGAUACUCUCACUCGUUCAUAUCGGUCUCAACCUUCUAUAUCCAGCACAACCAUACCUCAAUCAGUCGUCAAUACGUCGCAGGAAGAUUCAGAAAAGAGAAAUUUAUCAAUACACCACAGUAAAGGAUCACCAGUAUCAAGUAUCACCUCAGACGACAACGACGUUGAAAGUGAAUUAGUCAAUUUGAGUGAUAUGGGUAUAGCACCGUCAGCUUUCAUUAAUUUUGGAAUCGCUGAAGAUGCCAUCGUUGCUUUUUGCCGAAAGUACGGUCUUCCGAUACCCCGGUUUCCAGAACCUAAUGCUGAGAGCAUCCAAAAUAUGUCAAUACAACAAAAUGCAUUUGCGCAAGAUCCCAAAACAUACAACACUGAUUUGAGCAACACACAAGCACAAUAUAACAGCGCUGAUACAGAUGAUGUUACUCAUCCUCAACCUUACCCAAGUACGGAUGACCUUAAAGCCCAGAGCAAUUCGAAUACCGAAAGUGACAUGGAAAUAUCAGAUAUUUCUGAUCAAGACCAAGACCAAGACCAAGAUCGAGAGGAAUAUCCAGAGCUAGAGCAUGCAUCGGAUAGUGAUAUUGAAGAAGAUAUGGAAAUAGAAGAUUCGGUUGGAACCAGUACUAUCAUAAUGACUGCGUCACGAGUGGAUUCAGGAGACCAUUGGGCUGAUCCAGAAACUCAAACUUCAAGCACACAAUCAAUACAAACUCAUCAAGAGCUGACAACCGGUCCAUCUUUGCAUCACAUAGUCAAGUCUACUGCACAAACAGGUGAUCAAAAAGCAAAGAAGGUUGCUCAACGUCCUUCCGCGAAGAUCAAUAAGCAAGCUAAGUCCCAUAGGCAACAGGAUUCAUUAAUACAAGCUCGCAACAUGGAUCUUCUCCUGGAUGUCUCUCGUGAUUCUGAAGUUAUGACCGACUUGGCGCAAGAGUACUUCCGGCCCGUCCUGCCUGAACUAGAGUCGCAACCGCAAAGGACAUCGGAGGGAAGAGAAAAGGAGGCAACAGCGGCAGUAGUAGCUGCGACCACCGAUACAGAUGCAUUGACGGCAAGAUUCAAACAGAUUGCGGAUAUGAAGAAGAUGAUUGAACAAAUGGAGCAGUCUAAGAAGAAGGAGAAAAUACUUGCUUCGGAUGGAGAAUCACCAUCUCCUUCUGGUGUUGGCUCAGUCACCCCGCAGCCUUCAGCCAUAUAUGACCAGUCUACAACAAAUACCCCUUCGAUUACAAGUAGCCCGCUAAACGAGGACAUGCAGGAGGCAGCGGCCGAGCUUGUUGCUCGAGCACAGGUAGUGGUCAAAUCUGCCAAUGCUCAACAGCUGUCGGCUCUGAAGGCAACGGAUGAUCAAAAUGUAAAUCAGCUUUUGGAGAGUUUGGAACAAAACGACGAAAGCCCAACAGGAAUCCGCGAAGACAAGAGUUCCUCAACAGCAUUAGCAAAUGAAGACGUGGUCAUGUCUGAUACCUCGGUUAGCGACAAAAAUGGAACAAGCAGUUUCAACUCUCCAUUCACUGAAUAUGAAGAACAGUUGAAGUCAUUGCAGCAGCUCGAAGAUGACCAAGACGAAGCUCUUCGUUCCAUAGAAGCGAAGAUCGAAGAGAUGAAGAAGCAACAGGAAACUAUGAGAUUGCAAAAGGAAUUGGCUAGAACGAAAGCACUUGGUGUUCGAGCAAAGUUAUCAAUGCUACAAAGGGCUUCUGCUAGCCCAAAGAUACAAUCACCUGUAUCUACUUCCAAGAAUCCCUCCACUCAGCCAAGCCCAUCACCAGCAAAACGGCCGUCUCCUUACGUGGAGGAAAGUAGCACAACAGGAGAAAUGCGGCAUGGAUCAUUAUCACGGACGGGAGUUCGACAUCAAGCGAAACGUGGAAAGUUCGACCGACCUGUUGUUGAAAGCAUGCCUAAUGCCGAUGUCGAAGCGGCACGAAUCACCAUGGACGAAAUCAUUCAUUACCCCCGCAACGAUACGUUACCACUUUUUAAUGAAAUUCGUGACCGUUUGGCAAAAGUCAUAUCGACAGAGGGAUUUCGUAUCAAGGAAAAGUCUGUCCACCUUACCGACAAUCGUCACGAUCAUAUUCGCGUUGUCAAACGGCCUCAAGACUUUUUAGAAUACUACAUGGAUCCUCCAUCGCCUCAAAACGAAACCUUAGAUACCCCUUCUCUCAAUCAACCAGAUGUUUCUGUCAACUUGAAAGAUCACGGUCGAUCCCAUGAUAUGACUGAAUUCCAACCAUACCAAUCACCUCUUCAUCGAUUUCGAUCAUUUCAAUAUUUUGGCGGACCUUCCAACAAAUCCAUGGCUUACAGCAAUCCAGUAGAUACCUCCAAGAACUUGUGUGCAUUUGAGCUUGCUGGUGGUACUUGCAAUGACGAUACAUGCCGAUCACGGCAUUUUCGUGAUUUUGACCUUUCCCCGACUGAUGUUAUGCAAGAUUUAUUGACCUAUUCACGUGGUGAAAACGAUGGAAUGCAAAUGAAGGAUCAAAAGACUUUAGAGCGAAUGUUUGCCACUAUGGAUGCUGCCAGGACAAAAAAGCCAGCUACUUAUGUGCGUGCUGCUCUAGACAUAAGACGCCGCAACCUAUCUGGUAAUCAGCUUCAGAAGGUUAGCUUUAUACCAUCACCAGCAAGACGUCAAGAAGUGAUCAAGCGGAAAAAAGGAGGACAACACACUGUUAAGCCAGUGGCACAAAAACUACCCAUGACAAGCGCACUGCAACCUAUGCUUAUUCCUGGUUCGACGGUGGAAUUGCGGUAUUUUGAAGUGGACGAAAGGAAUUAUCCUACUGACGCCAAGAACAUCCCUGGCUGGGUACGUGCUGUUGUGCAAGCUCUACCAUCUAGCCAGUUUGCAGACUAUGACAAGGCGAACUCGAAAUCACUGGAUCUGAAUGCUGCUAUCAACAUCUUACGGCAAGCGCUUGCACGAAAUCCUACGUCUGACCUUUUAUGGUGCCUCUAUGUAGAGCUUUGGAUGUACCGAGGGGAUGAGAAGAUGUUUGAGCGUGAAAUGGAGCAGGCUGUCAGAAAUGUUCCAUAUUGCUUGGAUCUCAUGUGGUAUAACGUCCUGUUGGCAUCGACAGUUGAAGACCAACUAACAGCAAGUGAUAAUCUACUGCGAUACUUCAACAGCGACGAGGCGAUCAAAACAAUCGGUAUAGUUGCAAGAGAACAAAACAUGUAGGCAUUAUCAUGAACAACUGACCGUAGUGUACUAAUCGCAUUCCCUAGACGACGACUCAAGAUCAAGCACCUUGUUGGAAAUCCUUUGUAGGC